UUCCCCGCCCGCCCCCCCGGCCCCGCUCUGACAGAGCCGCAGCGCUGCGCCCCCUCCCCGCGCCGCUCCCGCCCGCGGACACGCACCCCCGGCUCUCCCAGAUUUCUGAGUGAAGAUGAAUUUAGCAGAGAUUUGUGAUAAUGCCAAAAAAGGAAGAGAAUAUGCACUCCUUGGGAACUAUGACUCGUCUAUGGUAUAUUACCAGGGUGUCAUCCAGCAAAUCCAGCGACAUUGCCAGUCGAUCAGAGAUCCAGCAAUUAAGGGGAAAUGGCAACAGGUCCGACAAGAAUUAGUUGAAGAAUAUGAACAAGUUAAGAGCAUUGUCAACACUUUAGAGAGUUUUAAAAUGGACAGACCUCCAGAUAUCUCUGUAUCCUGCCAAGAUGAGCCUUUCAGAGAUCCAGCUGUUUGGCCUCCUCCUGUUCCAGCUGAACACAGGGCUCCACCUCAGAUAAAACGUCCCAACCGAGAUGGAAAAUCUUUGAAGAAAGACUCCCCUGGACUUCAGCCCCGUGGGCCUGUGGGCAGAGCACACGUGGUGUCCAAGGGGGAGAAAUCUUCAGGCAGCCGUGAAAGGGAGUCCAGAGCCAGAGGAAGAGAUGACAAGGGAAAGAAAACACCCCAGGAAUUUGGUGAUGGGGAAAUUCCAAAAUUUGAUGGAGCAGGUUAUGACAAAGACCUGAUCGAAGCUCUUGAAAGAGACAUUGUGUCAAGGAAUCCAAGCAUUCAUUGGGAUGACAUAGCAGAUUUGGAAGAAGCCAAGAAAUUAUUAAGAGAAGCUGUUGUUCUUCCAAUGUGGAUGCCUGACUUUUUCAAAGGGAUCAGAAGACCUUGGAAGGGUGUGCUGAUGGUUGGUCCUCCUGGCACUGGCAAAACAAUGCUGGCAAAAGCUGUUGCUACAGAAUGUGGGACAACAUUCUUCAACGUGUCUUCCUCUACACUGACGUCUAAAUACAGAGGCGAGUCUGAGAAGCUGGUCCGCCUCUUGUUUGAAAUGGCACGGUUUUAUGCACCAACAACAAUCUUCAUUGAUGAGAUAGAUUCCAUCUGCAGCCGCAGAGGCACGUCUGACGAACACGAGGCCAGUCGCAGAGUCAAGUCAGAGCUGCUUGUGCAAAUGGAUGGGGUAGGUGGUGCUCUGGAAAAUGAUGACCCUUCCAAGAUGGUUAUGGUAUUAUCUGCUACAAAUUUUCCCUGGGAUAUUGACGAAGCUCUCCGACGGAGACUGGAGAAGAGGAUUUAUAUACCUUUGCCCACAGCAAAAGGCAGAGCAGAACUACUGAAGAUUAACCUUCGGGAAGUAGAACUAGAUCCUGAUAUCAGCCUUGAAGAAAUUGCUGAGAAGAUUGAAGGCUAUUCUGGUGCUGACAUCACUAAUGUUUGCAGUCCAAGGACAAAUCUGGAGGUAACCAGAGAAGGCUUUCUCUUCUCCACGCCGGAAGGCAUUUGGGGACAGUGCUGGGAGCCAAAGCCAGCAUGUGGCCUCUCCGAGUGUGAGAUGUGAAGUUCAACAUCAGGAAGAAAAUCCUCAUGGGUUCCUGUUCCUGAGUCUUAUUACAAAAGUAAGCCAUUAAAUUUUCUGCUUUCUGUGUAUUUUGAUUUUUAAAAGGCACACACACUUUCUGUUUUCAAAGUGAGAAGCAGCAAGAAGUGGCUUUUGAGUGUUGCUGUCUUUAUUUUCAAGCAGAAUAUUUUAGCUUCUGUAUAAGGAUACAUUGCCAGAUUUCACUAUACAGGAUUAAAAGCUACCUGUGGCUCUGCACCAUUGCCUUCUCUCUGACUUCACUGUGUAUAGGUGAGACCAUUAUUUUCAUUGUGUACAAGUAAAAGCUUAUUGGUACAGUGAGAAUUUCCAGUGAUUAAUGCUGGAAAGGUAAGACAUGGAUCCCUUGAUGAGAUAUCACUGUGCUCUAGCAACAGUAAUAACUCGCUUUGCUAUUGUGUGCAAAGGGGUUCGCUGUUCUAAGAGCAGUAAAGUGUUUUGUUGUUCAAAUAUUAUGAAGGUUGUUUUAUUCAGAUGUACUGGUCAAAAUCACUUGAGCACUCUGUUGUUCCCAGCUCCAGGCUCCUCACUGCUCAGUGUGCAGCUGGAGGGGAUAUUUUCUUUUUUUUACAUUAUCUGCAAAGCAGGAAUGAUCUAGCAGCAGGAAUACCACAUCUCAGCUGAAGGGCAGCCAGUCUUUAAAAUUGAUCUGACAUGACACAAAGCACUUGGAUUUUUGGAAAAAGAACAAUAAACUCUGUUGAGGGACCCACAGCCACUCAUUUUGUCUUAAGAUUAAAAAUUUAAGGUUGGGAUCCUUACCACUUAAAUUUAGCUUUUCAGGAGUCAGGCAUCUAAUCUUAGCCAGCCAUGUUGGCAGCCUGUCUGGUCAGAAAAGAGAUGGGUUGCCAAAAUACGGUUCACCCCUCUGAAGACAGCUACCAGAGGAGAGGGGAUGGCUUGCCCUCUGCUCUUGCCUUUUUUUGUAGUUCAUUUGAAUCUUAAGGUAAACACCAACCUUUCAGAUGGCUUUGAGAGGAAUCCACUCCAAAGUGUUCAAAGAUGCUGUAGAAGACUUUUCUCUGAGGUGAGGAACUUAUAUUUUCUCCAUGUGAUUAUGUUGUUGGGGUGUUUUUCUCCAUGUGAUUAUGUUGUGUUUUUUUGACCAGCAUACUUCAAACAAAUGUGAAACCUGUGAAGAAACUAACAGAUGGGGUUUUUUUCUGGCUUGGUUUGUUUUCUUCUAACGUGUGCCAGUAUUUUCCAAGGGAGGUGUUUGAUCUGAGACAGGCUUGUAUGCCAGAAAAGGUCUGCACUGAUUCUGUAGAACACAGAAUUUUGGUUCCCCUUCAGGAAAGAGAGGGUGGUCACAGACCUGAGAGCAGGAGGAUCAAAGAAUAGAGUCUUAGCAUGUCCUCUGCCUUUUGUUCAUUAAAAAAGUCUACCUAAUACUUAAUUUGGUAGAUUAAGAAAAGAAACUAUCCCUGCAAAGCUGGAAACAUGCUUCCUUAUGCCACUUGCCAACAAGUCUCUACAGAACCUAAUUUAACAUAUUCAUUUGCUCACAAAAGUGCUUGAAGAAAAACAAAUGUCUUCUACAAGGACAAAGAAACACUCUAUUCCCAUACUUUGUCAAUCAAAUUAAUAAUAAAGGUAACUGUAUCCUUCUUUCCUUUAUUUGCACAUGUAUAAUUUGAUUCUGUAUGAGUGAGAGUAUCCAUAAAACUAACUCUUAACCAAAAUACCCCAAAUGUCUAUCACUAGAAGACCCCACCAAACAUACCAAUUAAUACUACAACCACACAAAAUGUCCUGAGGGCUAAGCACCAGGUAAUAGCACUUCCAGGCAAUAGAUACGGGGAAAAUAAACAACUGGCUUUACUCAUGCACACACAUAUAUACUUCUAGAAAUAUAUAUUUUGAUACGUGUAUUUUUUAUGUUCACCUGUCUGAUCAGUACUUUUCCUUGGCUGCAGGACAGCUGAAGAUCUCUUGUUCCCAGGAGGAGGAAGUGGAUGCCCAGACUCUCUCGAGAGGAUUUAAAUAAUUCAAUACAUGACAAGAGCAUCCAUCACACGUUGCUUUACCUUACACAAAUUCCAAUAGUGAGUGAAGGUCACAAAUGGGAAGAGACUAUCCCCAUGAGACUUCUGACAGAUCUGGUCACCUACUGUGUGAGAAAAGGGGAAAGGGUGUUCCAGAGUCCCUGUUCUUCACAGCUGCAAAGCCAGGACUCAGUCUGAAAAUGUGAGAAGAAAACCAGACCUGCUACACUGCAAAUCUUACAAGCAGACACCAUGCUGAAACAUCUAAGAUGGGCUUAAACCAACUGCUUCAGCUUGAAAUUUAGAACAGACCACCUGAACAGUGUGGCAAGCACAUUUCUCUCCCUCUCAGGAUUUUUCAUAGAGGUGCACAGAGAGAAAUGAAAGGGAAAACAUUUUCUAUUUCUGCUCCUUGUUUUUCCUAUGUGGAAUGUGUUUGGAGAAUUGUUUACCUGGAGUGAGUGCUUGAUUGGAUUCUGGUGAGGAUUGUUUGAGUCUGAUGGCUAAUCCAAUCCACCCGUGUCUGGACUCUUGACAGAGGGUCAUGAUUGUGUUAGAGUUAGAGAAAGUAGUAUGUAGUUUUAGUAUCUUCCUUCUAAUAUAGUAUAUUAAUAUAUUUUAGCAUAGUUAUAAUAUAGAAAUCAUUCAUUGAUUUCUGAAUUGAGUCAGACAUCGUCAUUUCUUCCCAUUGGGUUCGCCUGCAUUUACAAGAGAACUGUUCACUAAUUUCCUGAACUUAGUCGUCAGAGCAGGUGCUUAAGCCUGAUUUUCAAGGUCAUGCUGUGCAUGACCCGAUGGCUUCCUUAUGGCCACAGGGAGAGGUUGUCACCUCCUCACCCUUGGCCAGUAGAAGUCAAUCCCAAACACAGAACACACAGCACAGACUUUCCCAGGAUAGACGGAUUCCUAUGGGAUGUGUCCCUGGGUGUCUCAGCACAGGCCAAUAAAGUACUGAAAGCUGUGCUUAGUUUCCACACAUAAAGAUCCUGGGAUUAAUGAUGUUAUUGGGAUGAAGCAAGUGCAAAAAUAUUUUGCUCGAAGAAGGAAAAGAAAGAGUGCGAGAAUGGAGAUCAGUGAUGAAGAGACAGAUGCACGCUCUGCUACCUGCUUAAAGAAAACAAAAUAUUGAAAACAAGAUUAGACACAUGCUGUCCAAACUAUUCAGCUACUUGUUCAUCAGGCUGUGAAACAUUGCAUCAUAUCAUAUUAAACUAAUUAGAAAGUAUUUUUAAAAUGGGAAAACUACUCUCACCUUUUAAAUUUCUUUUUCUGAUAACUUGCAAGUCUAUAGAGAUCUCAUCUCUACUGUCACUUUAAGUGCUUAUUUAUAUCUGCUAGCAUGUAAAUCCAUUUUAAGAAAUCACCUGUCUUUAGCUUAGAGGGUUGAAUAAAAGGCUUAAAUGCCAAA